CCGACGACAAAUACACGCCCUUGCGCGCUACGCACUGCUUCACCCUCGCCCGCCAUUCCGUGCCUGCAAUGGCUUCUGCGCCGUCGCCCUCGAGUUCCCCGCGACUUCCCAGCCCGCCGCCGAUUGCGGAGGACCAGCUUUCUCCGCUACCCGCGACCGAGGAACAACAGAAGCUCUUCAGCUCCCUAGACAAUGGCGCAUCGAGGCGGAUACGGCCAGGCACAAAGGCAGAGGAUAUGACAGAGGGCCCGCCGCUAGUAGAGCUAUCAGAGAUUGAUUCCGCAUUCCAAUUGACAGAGCACCUCAAGGCACUUCACAACUUCCUUACGCAUCCCAUCGGCUCAGAAACCACAACGGCGGUAGACAGAGAAAUAGCACAGAAGCUGGCAACGCCGCCAGACAACGUGGACAAAACGCUUUGGCUCUACGAGCUUUGCCGCUUCCUCACACAGAAAGUGAACGCCAUCAUUAUCGCCCUGUUCUCAGACAGCCCGCCAUGUUCGUCGACCACCUGCCCCGAGAUGCGAGCCUCCGAAUGGCAGUACCUCUGCGCAGUCCAUGACCCACCUAAGAGUUGCUGCGCCAUUGACUACUGCUGCCACACCUUGGACUGGGCCGCAAACACUCUGACUUCGCCAAAAAACUUUCCCUCGCGACUUGCCAUGGGUGCUGACCAAUCUACACAGCACCAGCAGCAACGAAACCUCACCAAUAUUUUCAGACGCGUAUACCGGAUCUUUGCGCACGCUUGGUUCCAGCACCGCGACAUGUUCUGGAAAGUGGAAGGGAGGACAGGGCUCUACAUACUCUUCAAGACGGUGUGCGACGCGUACGGUCUGAUACCAGAGGACAACUACACUAUACCACCCGAGGCUGAAGGCUUGGACGUUGACGAGGAGCCAUCGAAGGCUCCGCCAAUGAUACUGAAGCGGGAGCCGUCAGGACCCAGUUCCUUGGACGCGGAGAAUUCUUCUGUGAUAGAGUCCGGGGAUCAUACGCUGUCUACCGCGGGUACCACAAAGCGACAUCGCCACUCACCAUCGGUGAGCGCAACGUCGGUGACUACAGUGUUGGAGGAAAGUGAAGAGGAAGAGACAGAACAGAAGAAGGAAUCGGCUGCGCAAGAUGAAAAUGAUGCUGAUGAAGCCCCAGCUUCAAUUUCGGAGGACCCAGGGCCACCUGCAGAAGGCGCCGCGGACCAGGAUGCAUCGGAGCCAACAGAUGAAUCCGAAGCCUCAGCUGCUGGCGAGUCCCACGCUACUGAAGAGCCGGAAAAGCAAAGCGAGGCAGAUCAGGAGGCGCACGCCAAUGAGACAACGACAGAAUCUGAGGCUACUGCCGGUGACGAGGGCGCCUCUGCAGCAUUAGCGGCCUCUGAGGAAAAUGACGAGGACGCGCAGGACGAAGCCAAGGCAGAAGCGCACGCGACAUCAGAGAAUACAGGCCCGGAGAAAGCGGAGAAGGACGAGAAGGAAGAAGCGGCUGCGGACCAGGAUAAGGCUGCCGCAAGCGAGUAGCGCUAUCAAAACCUUAACGACAGCCUCAGGAGCAUCGAUAUGUAAUGAUAAUACUCACGACGGGAGGCAGGGACAGGAUACGAGUUCUUUUUAGAAGAGGCGGGGUUGGAGUUGUUUGAGAGGUGCAGAGAUAUCCAGCGUCUGCUCCGUCGCGAGCGGACAUUCUUCUUAGCAUUGUGUAAUUAUAGAAGCCUUUGUUGCCGAGGCUUUGGCUUCAAUUUCAGAGCAGGCAAGCAUUCAGCG